AUGCUCAGUCCUGCUGUGGUGGAGUUAUGGACGCUAUAUUCUUUUGGAGUGGCUAUAACGCUGCUUAGAACAUACGCACGAUACAGAGCCGUGGGAUGGAAGCGAUUCGCGGCCGACGACUACUUGGUAUGGGUCGGAAUUAGUGGUUGGCUCGAAAAUCCAGGUUGCGGGCUGGGCGACUUAUAUGGCUUUGAUCGGGUCCUUGAAACUGUCCAUGAUGGCAUUCUACGUCCGACUCACUUUUGGAUCGGGUUCGCGCUUGUCAUUGGCUCUUUCCUGGCAAGCUUCAUCGUCAUUCUUGCAGCGUGUCGGCCAUUCCACAAGUACUGGCAGAUCUACCCAGACCCUGGAAACAUCUGUCAGCCCGCUAUUUCCGAGGCCAUCGUCUGGGUGACGUUCAUCGCCAACAUCAUCACCGAUCCGUACCUCAUCUUCAUCCCAAUUCCCAUGUUGUGGAAAUCUAGCCUGAAGCUCAUCAAGAAGAUCGCAACGACCAUCGUGCUGGGCGCCGGUGUGUUUGUUCUCGUCUGCGCCACUCUCAAGAGCGUCUUUCUCAUCACGGUACGUCCAAGAUAUCUCUCCAAGUAG